CCUCCGAUCCCAACCAAAUAGACUACAGGACCAAAUUCAUUUAAAAAUUAAAAAAUGAAAAUGAUUGCGGCUCCAGGUCCAACCGUCUUCUUCCCACCAGCAAAAUCCAUCUGCAUCUUCUCUCCAAUUAUCUCUCCUCUCUUUAAAUUACCGUCUUCCUCUUCUUCUCUUUCUCCUUGUACCUUAUCCAUUAGGUUUCGCUCUCCUCACCUCCCUACAUCUCGACGGAGCCUUACAUCGUCUCCUUCCGCCAUGAUUCUUCGGCACAACCCCCUACUCUCCGACGUUUGCGCCUCCAUUCUUAGUGCCGGUAUCGCAUUUUCAUUUCUUCGUCUUUGGGAAGAAACUGCCAAACGCAAACUCGUCGACCAGUAUUUGAAUAGGAAGCUUGUGCAUAUUAGUAUCGGGCUAGCUUUCAUGCUUUGCUGGCCAAUGUUCAGUUCUGGGCUUCAGGGAGCAAUUUUAGCUAGUCUAACUCCAGGGGUCAAUAUAAUUCGGAUGCUUCUUGUGGGCUCUGGAAUGUGGAAAGAUGAAGCCACUGUAAAGUCAAUGAGCAGAUAUGGAGACCACAGGGAACUUCUCAAGGGACCACUGUACUAUGCUACAGCAAUUACGUUGGCUUGUGCUGUCUAUUGGAGGACUUCCCCAAAUGCAAUUGCAGCAAUAUGUAAUCUCUGUGCUGGAGACGGUAUGGCAGAUGUUGUGGGAAGGCGGCUUGGCAGACUGAAACUUCCUUACAACCAAAACAAAUCUAUAGCCGGUAGCAUUGCUAUGGCAUCAGCUGGUUUUUUAGCUUCUAUUGGGUACAUGUACUAUUUUGCUUCAUUUGGAUAUCUUCAGUGUAGUUGGGAAUUGGUUUUCGGUUUCUUGGUUGUGUCGCUUGCCUCAGCCGUGGUGGAAUCACUCCCAAUUAGUACUCAACUAGAUGACAACCUUACCGUAACUCUAACAUCUUUAUUGGUGGGCAGUCUUGUUUUCUGAUGUUAGGAAAUGUGGGUACUCACGGCAAAUUGUAACGCAGAAAUUAAUCAUGUAUGCUUUCUAUGUUGUAAGUUGUAGUACAAUUGAAUAAUUUUUAGCAAAUGAUUUCACCAAUUUUACAGAA